UUUUAUCAAGUAACAAUUUUCUUUCAAGAUGCUCUAAUUACAAAUUACUGUAAAGGCAGACAGCAGCAGUAUAAUAAAACAGGGUCCGGCGUCAACAAAGAAGAAGAGCUUAAGGAGGUAAAGCUGACCUCAAGAGAAAGAAGAUUUCUGAAAUUCGCAUCAGCAGAAUAUGACGGGCAGAUUUACAUGACACCCAGAGAUUUUCUCGACUCCUUUAUACACCAAGAGCCUGACUUCAGAGACAAGAGAAGAAUUCUGUCGAGCAAAGAUCUGGAUUCGAUUAAGAAAGCUACGCCUAAACUUUCAAAAGGGUCUUCCAAAAUGUUCAGAUCUAUUAAGGAUAAAGGGAUAAUUUCAUAUACUGAAUACCUUUUUCUUCUUUCAAUUUUAACAAAGCCAUUGUCAGGAUUCAGGAUUGCCUUUAAUAUGUUUGAUACAGAUGGAAAUGAAAGAAUCGAUAAAAAUGAAUUUCUUGUCCUUAAGAAAAUUUUUGCAAACCAGAAAGUAAACGACAGAGGUGAUAAGAAAACAAUGGAAAAAAUAUUCAGCCAUGCCUGGAAGGACAAACGAGGCCUUGGAGACGAAGGUGACAUGCUAACCGUGCAGGGUUCAGCAACUGAAGACUAUGUUGACGAUGAGCAAGGUCUUCAGAGAAGGCACAAUGUCGAUACUACUUUGACAAUACAUUUCUUUGGAGACAAAGGGAAAGACGAACUACGCUAUGAGGGUUUCAGACAGUUCAUGGCAGACUUGCAAACAGAAGUUCUAGAGGUGGAAUUUGAUGAAUAUUCAAAAGGGAAAAAUACAAUAAGUGAAGUUGAUUUUGCAAAAAUUUUAUUAAGAUAUACAUAUUUAGAUGCAGAGUCUCAUGAAAUGCAUUUAGAGCGAUUGGUCACCCGUCUGAAAUCAAUGCCUGGCAUAUCAUUUGAGGAGUUCAAAGUCUUUUUCCAGUUUCUCAACAACCUCGAGGAUUUCGCCAUAGCAAUGAAGAUGUACACACUCGCCGAUCACCCUAUCUCAAAAGAGGAAUUCCACAGAGCGGUGAUGAUCUGCACAGGAACAACCCUAAGCAAGCAUUUGGUACAUACUGUUUUUGCGAUUUUCGACGAAGACGGUGACGGCCAACUCAGCUAUCGAGAAUUCAUUGCUAUAAUGAAAGACCGACUGCACAGAGGAUUUAAGCUUAAUACAAAAAGUGAGGGAUGGGAUGCCUUUAAAGUUUGCUUGAAGCAAGAAAUAAAAACACCUUCUUAAAUAAUUAUUGCAUUUCUUCUCUAGUCUAUAAAAUAAGUCCAUUAUUCUACCACAAUAUCUAAUCGAGUAGCCUUAAAAGCUAUAAAACCUAACUUUACAAAGAAAUAUAAUUAUACGCUUCUGAAUUAUCCUCCUAAAAAUCCUCAGUUUGUUUAGAUAUGCUUACAUUUCUAGGAAUGUUAUUAUUAUUAUUAUUAUUAUUAUGUUUUGUAUGUAUGCAUUUGUUGUUUAUUGCAUCAAAUAAUUACUAUAAUUAAUUUUAAUUGAAUUGCUUUCUUUUUUAUAAAGAAAGAAUAAAUGUUUGUGAUAUGAAUUUUUACCAUCUUGUCUUCGUUUUUGUUUUUU